UUUACCGGGUCUGUCCAGGUUCUCUACGCCCCCGGGGAUGCCGCGGCCUGUCGUUUCUCUCUUCUCCGCACCUGAAUGACGGUCUCCCGCUCAUAAACCAGCUUGCAUCACACCACUGCCUGCCUUGCCUGCCUUGCCCGCUUUACCACCGGAUCUCCGGAGACCCAGCCGGCCUGCCAGCGUGCACAGUAUAUCUACGAUCCCUCCUGCCAGCACAACACACCACCACCUUUCCUUGAUCCUGAACAAUCCUUCGAUCGUCGUGCAAGAUACCCCUUCCUCGUCCUUUCAUCCUGCAGGGAUACCGGACCGCCUCUGACCGCCACACCGAUGCUUCCGACACCGACCGAUUAACCUAACACCUAAAUACCUCCAUACCUAUACUACCGCUUAUAUACGAACCCACCAACCAGGUUAGCCAACCUCACUAUGGCGUGGUACUCCCUCCUCCCCGCCGACCUCACCUACAUCGAAACCUGGGUUGUGCGCAUCUUCAUAUUCCUCGGUAUCGUGUGUAUAUUUCCCUGGGCGGCGCUUCUCAUCUUCGAUAUAUGUCUGUAUGUGUGGCGGAUGGUGACGUAUGAGUUCCCGGUCAUGGGGGGUCGAGCACGCGGAAAGCAACGACCCCGAGCACCGAGUUUGAAUGAGCGGCCGGAUGGUCAGCCUAGGGUGUUAGUGGGAUUGGGUGGUGGGGGUAGUGGGAGGGAAGAAAAGAAGGUGGAGGUGGAGGAGUUUAAGAGGAGGAUGGUUGUUGGAGUGGGAGUGGAUACGACUGGUGGUGAUUGAGUUGAUCUAUCCGGAUAGAUGGAGUGGUAUACUAAGAUGGAUAUUUCUACGUGUCCGGCUGGGGUUAUGGGUGGGUGAUAUUGCUUUCGGCUGUUGGUGUCGGGCCUCCUGGUGAGUGCUGAUCGACUUUAUGCUUUGAUGCUUGGGUGCAUGCUGUUGAGGCGUGAGUGUGAUUUUUAGCAUAUUAAUACCCCUGUAUAUAUACUGCCUUUGCGGGCUAUUUAACGGCUGAUACUUUUGUUGUUUGUGAAGCGUUUAUGCUGGAGAUACCUGUUGUCUAUUUGACUAGAUUACUUGACCCCUACUGAUAGGGUUACACAUUGCUCAUGUUAUGC